AUGAUCCCGUACAUGCCGGACCAGGCGCUGCUCAGGGAACACAUUUACCGCGAGACAGGCGACCUUGAUGUCGUGCUGGACAAGGAAACGUUCGACAGUCACGGCGGGUUUAAAGCGACGCGCCAAUUUGGCCUCGGGUACUUCAACUACCAGCCGUGCUUGCACGACGAGGUGUAUGAGAAGUCUCUGUUCGACAUGUGGCGUUGCAACGUGUACGACCACUUCGUCAGCUACUUCAUCAUUCUGCUCGUCGUCGUUGUGUGGUGGGUUGCGUUUCUGUGCGUCGACUUCAACAGUCUCAUACAGACCGUGCAGCGUCAACUGCGGAGGGCCGUCUCCACAUUUCAGGGCAACGGCAGCAAUGGGGACAGCAAGAGGCACCAUGGUACAGAGAUAGUCUACGAGAACCAUGACUUCGAGUAUCAUCACGUCAAGGCGUAG